UCCUUAGUAAUUCUUGUCGGGUGGUUUGCACUGUUGCACCAGGUGUCACAUUGGGGGUCAGAAUUGAUACUCACGAGUUGUACAAAAAAGGCUAUUUUGGAUUUAAAAUAGUGUUUUGUUGUCGGUCAUGUCCAGUUUUACGAAAGCAGCACAGCAAUGGGCCACAUUUGCCAGAUCAUGGUACUUAAUUGAUGCCAAGAUGCAGCCACCAGGAAAAAUUGCCAGCAUGUGUUCAAUAAGACUGCAAGGAAAGCAUAAACCUAUAUACCAUGCACUGAGUGACUGUGGAGACCAUGUGGUGGUGAUGAACACAAGACACAUUGCAUUCUCAGGGAAUAAAUGGGAACAGAAAGUAUACUCCUCCCACACUGGUUAUCCAGGUGGAUUUAAACAAGUGACAGCAGCACAGCUUCACCAGAAGGACCCGACAUCAAUUAUCAAGCUUGCAGUCUAUGGCAUGCUUCCUCGUAAUCUAAGCAGAAGAACCAUGAUGCAAAGGUUACAUCUCUUCCCAGAUGAUGUCAUACCUGAAGAAAUUCUUAACAACUUAACAGAAGAACUUCCUCAGCCCAGGAAGGUACCCAGAAGACUGAAUGAGUACUCUCAGGAGGAGAUUGAAGCCUUCCCCAGUCUAUGGACUCCGCCUGAAGACUUCAAAAUGAAAUAAUGCAGAAUCCUUAACUGUACACCCAAGAAUUGAGGAUGACUGCUUUAUUUAUUUAGUAAAACAUUGUAAUUCUGUCACAGAAAAGGUAAUUUGAUUAUGUUUGCUGACGUUUACUUUCAUGACCAUAAAAUAAACCAUGUUACUUCUC